AUGUUGUGUACCUUAAUCCAUUUAGCACAGCUCACAAUCUGCUGGAUAUACCCAAUCUCCCAAACAGUCCACGCAUUUGAGACCAGAAAUUAUUCCCUAUUUUGGAUUUCCUAUUGGUUUGUCUUUGGGGUCUUAAACUAUUUAGAGUCGACCUUCCUUUUCUGGCUUGCUCCGUAAAGAUAAUAUAGAUUUUGCGUUUACCAAAUACUAAGGUCUCUGUUCUGCUUGUGGAUGCUCCAUCCAGACUACAAAGGAGCUGAAUUUAUUGAAGAAACACUUUUCCCAGUCGCCUAUGAGCAAUUGAAAGGGAUUGUGUCGAUGACACCUUUGGGGUAAAUUUCAUGUAGGAAAUAUCUAGAAGAGGCUUAA